GAUCUGAAAACCAAUGAUUGGAUUGUUGUUAAAAUGUGGGUUUGAGCUCUUCAAUCUCGGCAAUCUUGCGAUUAUACCAAGCAUAGAGCUCAAAUUGGUUAAUAGCAUAUCCCAAAUUCCCAAUCAUCAGCAAGGUUAAGCUCUAACUACUACAUAUUCAGGGAAUUGUAUUGUCAGCACUAGUCUAUUACCUGCAAGCGUGGUGCAUCAGUCACAAGGGACCAGUUUUUGCGGCUAUGUUUAGUCCUCUACAGGUCAUUAUAGUGGCAAUGUUCUCGGCAGUUGCUUUUGCGGAGCGGCUUUACGUUGUCAGCCUGGUCGGAGCAUUCCUCAUUGUCGUUGGCCUUUACUGUGUGAUAUGGGGAAAGAAGCAAGAUGGUCUUGUUGAUGAACCCACACAGAAUGGAAAAGGAGAACAAUGAUAAACAUGCAAGUACAUACGGAGGGCAUGGAGGGCUGCAGUUACUACCUGGCAAUGGUAUUUGCUCAGCUAUCCUAUGGUGCAUCAAGUAUCCUCACAAAAUUUUCUCUAUUGCAAGGCCUCGAUCCAAUUGUCUUUGCGGUUUAUAGGCAUGUUAUAGCCAUGCUUUUGUUAGCACCAUUUGCUUACAUUAUUGAGAGAAUGAAUUUGCAAAGCAGGAAGCAGAGACCUGAACUGUCAAUUUCAACAGCUGCAAAAACAUUUUUGCUUGCAUUAUUUGGGACUACCAUCCAUCUCAAUGUAUACUAUGCCGGUCUAUCAUAUAUUCCCCCCACAGUUGCUUGCGCACUGGGUAAUGUAGUCCCAAGCUUGACGUUUGUAUUGGCGGUUCUCUUUCGGAUGGAGAAGUUGAAGAUUAGAAGUCGGAGAGGUAAAGCAAAGGUGUUUGGCACACUAGUCUGCGUUGUUGGUUCUCUUAUUUUUACUUUCUGGAAAGAAGGUUACCUAUUCAAGGCUUUUGUUGAGAAGCCACUUAUCAAUGCAUAUAACACUGAGAUGAAGCAUGGUAAGGAAAACUGGAUCAAGGGUUCGGCCCUCAUUCUCACUAGUCAUGUAGCAUGGAGUUCAUGGCUAAUCCUCCAGGCGGUAGUCUCCAAAGCGUACCCUGCUCCAUUGUCACUAACCACCCUAAUCUGCUUUUUUGCAUCAUUGCAAUCUUCCCUUGUUGCCUUGUUCUUUGCAAGAAAUCCAGCCUCAUGGAGACUUGAGUGGGAUUUGAAACUUUUAACCAUCGUCUUCAGUGGAGUUGUGGUCUCAGCAGUAGUCUAUUACCUGCAAACAUGGUGCAUCAGACAUAAGGGACCAGUAUUUGCAGCUAUGUUUAGUCCCCUACAAGUUAUUAUUGUGGCAAUCUUCUCGGCCAUUGCUUUCGCAGAGCGAAUUCACUUAGGAAGCUUGAUUGGAGCAUGUCUCAUCAUCGUUGGUCUUUACUGCGUGCUAUGGGGAAAGAACAAAGAUGGAGCUAUUGCUGAUCUCACCGAGAAUGAAAAAGGAGUACUUAAUGGUGGCAUAUCCAUGAAUGAUUCCAUCAUAGCAGUUCAUAUAAACAUGGAGGGUUGCAGAUACUACUUGGUAAUGAUACUGGUUCAGCUAGCCUAUGGUGGAUCAAGCGUCCUCGUUAAACUUUCUCUUGAGGAAGGUCUCAAGCCAGUUGUCUUUGUGGUUUAUAGGCAUGUUCUGGCCAUGUUUUUGCUAGCACCAUUUGCUUAUGUUCUUGAAAAGAAGCAGAGACCCUCACUCUCAUUUUCAAUAGCUGCAAAAGUAUUUGUGCUGACAUUAUUCGGGACUACCAUCCAUUUAAAUGUGUACUACACUGGUUUAACGUACACCUCCCCCACAGUUGCUUGCGCCUUGAGUAAUGUAGUCCCAACAUUGACAUUUCUAAUGGCAGUUUUGCUUCGGAUGGAGUAUUUGAAUAUAAGAAGUGUCAGAGGUCAAGCAAAGGUCGUUGGCACACUUCUUUGCAUUGGUGGUUCUCUAAUGUUCACUUUCUGGAAAGGGUACCUAUUCAAGAGUUUUGUUGAGAGGCCACUGAUCAGUAUAUAUAGCACUCAGUUGAAGCAUGGCGACGAAAACUGGAUCAAGGGUUCUGCUCUAAUUCUGAUUAGUCAUAUAGUAUGGUGUUCAUGGCUGAUUCUCCAGGCUGUGGUCUCCAAAGUCUACCCAGCUCCAUUGUCACUGACCACCCUGAUAUGCUUUUUCGCAUCAUUGCAAUCUUCCAUUGUUGCUUUGUUUUUCGCAAGAGAUCAAGCUUCAUGGCGACUUGAGUCGAAUGUGCAACUUUUAACCAUUGUCUACAGUGGAGUUGUGAGCUCAGCAUUAGUCUAUUACCUGCAAACUUGGUGCAUCAGCUACAAGGGGCCGGUGUUUACAGCUAUGUUUAGUCCCCUGCAAGUCAUUAUUGUCGCAUUGUUCUCAGCAUUUGCUUUUGCUGAGCGAUCUCAUGUCGGCAGCUUAAUCGGAGCUAUUAUCAUUAUCGUUGGUCUUUACUGUUUCCUAUGGGGAAAGAAGAAAGAUGGACUUGUUGCUGCAGUCACAGAUGAAAAGGGAGUACUUAAUGAGGAUAAGGUGGUCGCCAUUACGCUGAACGAUAUUAAAGUGACGAAUCCUGUAACUACAGAACAGGCAGUCCCAACCUAAGAACAGUUGAUAACAAUGAAAAGUUUGUGUUAGCAAUAGCAUGAUUCAGAAUAUCAAUCCCAUUAGAAAUUUGAUGUUUUUUCACAUAGUCUCGGUUCUCUCUAUCAAAUUAUGCAGAAGUUCAAUGCCAAUAACAAGUUUCUCAAGGAAUUCUCACCCUAAACACACCGCCUUGUAAAGUUCUAACUAGACAACAAAAUCAAAGAGGAAAAAUUCUGCU